CACGUGAUCACGCCUACAAAAGCGAGCGGACCCCAAAGUUUGAGCGUACUCGUUUGUGGAGGCGCCUUUGAUUCGGCUUCGCGCGAACUUUAUCGUGACAAUGAGGGAGUGCAUCAGUGUCCAUAUUGGUCAAGCCGGCGUGCAGAUCGGCAACGCUUGCUGGGAGCUCUACUGUCUGGAGCACGGCAUCCAGCCUGACGGCAAGAUCCCCAGUGACAAGGUUUCAGGAGGUGUCGACGACUCGUUCAACACCUUCUUCUCCGAGACUGGAGCGGGCAAGCACGUUCCCCGGGCGGUCUUUGUCGACCUGGAACCCACCGUUGUGGACGAAGUGCGCACGGGUAACUACAGGCGGCUUUAUCACCCGGAGCAGCUCAUUUCAGGCAAGGAGGAUGCUGCCAACAACUACGCCCGCGGUCAUUACACUAUCGGCAAGGAGAUCGUGGACUUGGUGCUGGACCGUAUUCGCAAACUGGCGGACCAGUGCACGGGUCUUCAGGGCUUCCUGGUGUUCCACAGCUUCGGAGGUGGCACGGGCUCGGGAUUCACCUCUCUGCUCAUGGAACGACUCUCCGUCGACUACGGCAAGAAGUCCAAGCUGGAGUUCUCCAUCUAUCCGGCACCACAGGUUGCGACGGCCGUGGUAGAGCCGUACAACUCCAUCCUGACAACGCACACGACCUUGGAGCACUCGGACUGCGCCUUCAUGGUGGACAACGAGGCCAUUUACGACAUAUGCCGCCGCAACCUGGACAUCGAGCGCCCCGCAUACACCAACCUGAACCGCCUGAUCAGCCAGAUCGUGUCGUCCAUCACCGCCUCCCUCCGCUUCGACGGAGCGCUCAACGUGGACUUGACGGAGUUCCAGACGAACCUGGUGCCUUACCCCAGGAUCCACUUCCCGCUGGUGACGUACGCCCCAGUGACCUCGUCGGAGAAGGCGUACCACGAGCAGAUGACCGUGUCGGAAAUUACCAACGCCUGCUUCGAACCGGCUAAUCAGAUGGUGAAGUGCGAUCCCCGCCGAGGAAAAUACAUGGCCUGUUGCAUGCUGUACCGCGGUGACGUGGUGCCGAAGGACGUGAACGCGGCCAUCGCCGCCAUCAAAACCAAGCGCAGCAUCCAGUUCGUCGACUGGUGUCCCACCGGAUUCAAGGUGGGCAUCAACUACCAGCCGCCGACGGUAGUGCCAGGCGGUGACCUCGCCAAGGUUCCUCGGGCGGUCUGCAUGCUCUCGAACACGACGGCCAUAGCGGAGGCCUGGGCCCGACUGGACCACAAGUUCGACCUGAUGUACGCCAAGCGAGCCUUCGUCCAUUGGUACGUGGGCGAGGGCAUGGAGGAAGGGGAAUUCUCCGAGGCACGGGAAGACAUGGCCGCCCUCGAGAAGGACUACGAGGAGGUUGGACAGGACUCGACCGACAACGCCGAUGAAGAGUUCUAGCCACGUUCUGGACGCAAAUAAAACACGUCAAAUUCUGGAUGCGCAUUUUAAUAUAUGAAGGCUGCGUUUUAGUGCAGCGUGACUGCAAAUCGAGAAGCGCUGCUAAUUUUUUUUUUCUGCUGCGUUCGGUAGACAUUAAAGGACCUUCAAGUACUACU